AAAUUAAUGGCGCGUAAUAAUAGUCAAUAAGAUAGAAGACUUUUUCCCAUUUCUCUGUUCUUCCAUUUUCUGGGGCCACUUCUAACUCUAACUAACUCCAUCUUCUUCAAUCUUCAACCAUGGCGAUGCUGUUAAGAAAACUCCGUGAUUCAGCAUCAUCGUUAAAGCAACGAUCCACCACUUCAUCUUCAUCUUCAUCAUCAUCAUCAUCACGCUCUCAUCCUUCUCCUCCUCUUCCUCUUCCUUUAGGUUCAUUCGAUUCACUCCCUACUGAAUUACUCCUCAAAAUCAUACGACUAUUGGACCCUAAACAAGUCGCUAAACUAUGCAUCGUUUGCAAAUCAUGGCGAUCUCUCGUCUCCGAUAAUCAACUCUGGGCUUAUUUUCUUCAAACAUAUCAACCUCUACACUUUGAUUCUAUUCUCUUCUCAGAAAUUAACUUAACUUCUGGUUAUCCUCUUCCGAUUUUUGUUAAUCAGACGCCACGCGUGUCGUUUAAGCAGGUUUAUGGCCAACGGGAGCGAGUUCCUCCUGCUGUUAUCAUCGACGGUGGUUCUGGCUAUUGCAAAUUUGGUUGGAACAAAGACGAGCGUCCAUUGGGGCGAACAGCUACCUUUUUGGAAUUUGGUAACGUGGAAACGCCAAUAUAUACUAGGCUUCGGCAUUUUUUUGGGACUGUAUAUGGCAGGAUGAAGGUGAAACCAAGUUCUCAACCUGUUGUUGUUUCUUUACCAUUAUGCCACUAUGAUGAUACCAAUUCAGCCAAAGCAUCGAGACAUCAGCUUAAAGAAGCAAUAUGCUCUGCGUUGUUUGACAUGAAUGUUCCUUCUGUUUGUGCUCUCAACCAGGCAACUUUAGCUCUCUUUGCUGCAAAUCAAACUUCUGGAAUAGUUGUAAAUAUAGGAUUUCAAGUCACAUCUGUAGUUCCAAUUUUAAAUGGUAAAGUGAUGCGAAAGAUUGGUGUGGAGGUUGUGGGGCUGGGAGCACUAAAACUUACAGGAUUUCUUAGAGAGCAAAUGCAACAAAGCAAUAUAUAUUUUGAAUCUUUGUACACUGUUCGCACACUAAAAGAGAAGCUAUGCUAUGUUGCCUAUGACUAUGAAGCUGAGCUAUUGAAAGAUACACAUGCAUCAUUUGAAGCUGUUGAAGGGAAGUUUACACUCUCUAAAGAGAGGUUUCAAACAGGAGAGAUCUUAUUCCAGCCACGUCUUGCUGGGAUGCGAGCAAUGAGUUUGCACCAUGCCAUAGCUCUCUGUAUGGACCAUUGUCAUUCUGCAGAAUUAGCAGGCGGCAGUGAUUGGUUUAAGACCAUUGUCUUAUCCGGAGGGUCUGCAUGUUUACCAGGUUUAGCAGAAAGGUUAGAGAAGGAACUUCAUUCGUUACGUCCUCCCUAUAUGUCGAAUGGAAUCAGAGUCAUCCCUCCUCCACAUGGUGCGGAUACUGCAUGGUUUGGUGCAAAGCUUAUUGGCAGUUUGAGCACGUUUCCGGCCCCCUGGUGUACAACAAAGAAGCAGUUCCGUCAGAAUAAACUCAACCGAAUCUGGUGAUUACUUUGAUCGAAUCUUCUGUUCUUGAUGAUAUAAUUAUUCUAUAACAGCAAUUCUGCUUAAUAAUUUCCAUCGUGGGGCAGCAACACCAGAGGAGUGAAUUUAGUUUUACUUGUAAUUUAGUAAUUUAUGCAUAGCUUUUCUGUAAGAAGCCUUUAUAAGCACCCAGCCUUUAUAAGCACCCAGUUUUUUGGAAUGAAAAAGAGACAGACGUCGUCUGUAAUUUAAGAACUGUACCAUGUCAAAAAUGUGUUAAUACAAUUUAAGACCAAAUCCUCAAACUGAAGGAUUUAAAUUAUCAAAAA